CAUUUGUUUUCUUCCUUCCUUCUUUCCCUGCAUUUCCCUCUGUUUUUUUUUUUGUUCUUGGCUGGGAUCGACGAACAAACAAGGGAAAGAGAGGUAUAGAGAGAUAGAGAGAGGAUGUGCUGGAGAGAGGAAAUAGAGAACUCGACCGAGAGUCGGGAUGGAGCUCACCCAAAGGGAUGGAGUAUAUCAAAGCCAUGUAUCUCGAAGACUUCACUUGAUGAUUUAUUUUUGGGAGUCAUCGAUGUCCAGGAUUAGGCUCAGUCCUGCUGAACUGAAGAUUUAUUGUGAUGGGAUGGAUGAGCUUACUAUCCAGAGAUUGCUGGAUCUCAGUGGCUUUAAGAGAGGUAUUCUUCCUGUCCGUUAUCUGGGAGUCACCUUCAUUCCUGUUAGGUUGACGGACAGAGAUUGUAAAUCCCUCAUUGAUAAAAUCACGAGCAGGAUUGAAGGAUGGGUUGUGAAGAAAUUCUCUUAUGCCGGUAAACUGCAGCUAGCAAAGUCAGUUAUUCACUCUCAGGUGAAUUUUUGGUGUUGUGCUUUUGUUCUCCCUAAGAAAGUCCUGAAGAUGGUGGAAAAGAAGUGUAAAGCUUUCUUGUGACUGGAAAGGAUGGCAAGGGAACAUGAGCUAAGUUGAACUGGAGUAUGGUUUGUUUACCUAAGAAAGAGGGAGGUUUAGGAGUCAAAGAUCUGGACGUUUGAAACUUAUCUUGCAAUUUAAAUCUCAUAUGGUUGCUUAUGAAGAAGGCAGGGUCUUUGUGGAUCGCAUGGCUGAAUAUAUAUCUUCUUAAAGGCAAGAGUUCACGGAGUCUUGAAGUCUGAAACAACUGUUCCUAUGCUUGGAGGAAGUUAUUGAAGCUCCGAGCAACAACUUAUCCUUUUAUCAGGGAUAAAGUCGGGGAUGGCCAAUCAACCUACUUUUGGUAUGAUAAUUGGGCUAGCGGAAGUCCUCUGAUUAAGGGAGGAAAUCUGUAUAGAGUCACAAAAUAUGCUACUGUGGCAAAUGCUCUGAAUAACACUGAUUGGAUUACAAGAACAUGUCGAAAUAGUCAAAGAAGAAGUAUCCAACAGAUCAAGAGAGAUGUGAAUCUUAUUCCUGAUAAAGAGGAUGAAGUUGCUUGGGUGGCUGGAACUCGAAGUGGUUUUUCUAUCUCGAUAACAUGGAAUGUGCUGAGGAAAAGGGGAAGGAAGGUUAACUGGUAUAAGUUAGUUAGGUUCAAUUAUUGUAUUCCUAGGCACAGCUUUACCAGUUGGCUUCUUAUAAACAAUAGUCUCAACAGUAUGGACAGGGUCUGUCGGUGGAAUCCUAUAGCUGAUUCUAUUUGUAAACUCUGUGGGGAGGACAAUGAAACUAGAGAUCAUCUCUAUUUCACUCGUUCUUUUGUCAAAGAGAUAGGGUGUAGAAUUCUGCAGAAGUGUGGCACUGAGAGUAGGGUAGGAGAUUGGAGAGGAGCUAAAUUGGGCUGCCGCACAUCUUAGAGGGAAAGCUGUAGAUGCAAUCUUGAUGAAGCUUAUAUAACAUAGUCUUGUGUACUUCGUUUGGAGGGAGAGAAAUGUUAAAGUGGACCACUAAUUUUAAA